GCAGACCUGGACGGAUUAGGGUGUUACAUUAGCAAAAGAGCAAUUGUGCCGCUACUUUUUUCUUGGAACAACUAGAAGAGUUGCAGUAAUUCAUCACUGCGAUCCAAAGUCAUUGAAAAAAAAGAAGAAGAAAAAGAGCCGCAAGAUCAGAGGAAAUAAAAAAUUGAAGCUGGUGAAAUCUAAUCUUUACAUCCAAAUUGGUGCAGCCGCCAAUUACUUUGUCAACAGGGCCGCCACUCAAUUAGAGAGAGCAAUUGGAAGAGAUCCACUAUAAUUUGUUUGUGGCAGCCGUCGGGUCAAUUUGCACCACACUCCAAGAAAAAAAAUGCAACCCGAUUCUUCUUUCCGAAUGGAGGCUCGAUUCAAGCGGUUAGAGAUUUUGAUCGUGUGUACCCAUGCAUUGGACAAACUUAUUGCUCUAUUAGAAAACGUUCUUUAUGGUGAAAUUGAGCGCGACGACGGAGUGUGCACACUUUACGAUCAAAUAGAUGAACUUAUAAAGAAUCUUCAAUCCUUCCGUUCUAUUGGAGGUAAGCCAAAUUAUGAUUCUGACUUACACGCAUUUGACAUUGAAAUCUCUUGCGCGAUACAGGAUUUGGUCCGUGGGCCCCCAAUUUUGCUGAGUUUGAUUCCUUGGGAGUUACAACACUUUAGAACAGGCAUGUUGGGCCCUAUAAAAGUUCUCAUUGAUAGUUCGCCUUCUAUGCCAAAUCUGGUCUCUACAGUAAUUGACCGAAAUGCUAAUGCACAUGAUCACGCAUCCAAGAAGAAACCAAACAUUGACUCACAAGUUGGAGAUGAUGUGGACAUCCGGCAUAAAGCCAUAAACAAAGAUAAUGGGAGGUUCAACGUUGUGGGAAAAAAUGAAAGUCCUCUUGCAGAAGAUGUUGCUAAUGUCGACAAGCCAGAUUCUACUUUUCAGGAAUUUUCUACUUCAGCUGGUGUAGUCAUUGCAGAGUAUGAUAUUCCAAAAAGUGCUGACAAAGUGAGAGAUGCAGAUGGAAAACAAGCACACUCACCUAUGUUGAUUGACACCAUCACGUUGUUUGAGCUUGUCGAUGUGGUCAAGACGGAGCACCUGAUUUCACUGAGAGCAACUACAUAUGUUCUGCGCCCCAUCUCAUCUUUCCAUCAUUUUGCUCCAAUAUCCAUGAUGGUUGAAGAUUCAAAGAGUGGAUUGCUCCUUUGGUUCAACAUUCUUUCUCCAGUCCUAAAGCACGAGUGGGAGCCUCCACCUUGAGGACAAGGUGGAUUUUAAGGGAGUGGGAAUGAUACGGAACAAAUAGUAUUCUCUUUU